CAAACCUCACCACCACCCGUCACACGCCUUGGCUGGCUCUCCCCGCUCGUCGAUCGAUCGAUCCUCCCCUCCCUCCCACGCCUUUGUCUUCCACCGCGCGCCGCCCAGCCAAAAUUCACUCGCUCCUCCACACAACCGCCCGCCCGUCCCCCCCACCCACGCGGCGCGUCACCUACCACCACCGCAUCGAUCUCGUCCACCGUCCAGGUUGAGGGAGAGGGGAGUUGGUGAGGAGGGGAGGGGAGAUCAGAGCAGCAUCCUCGUAAGGCGCGCCGGCAAUUAGGAUUUAGGACUCGUGCUUGCAUUACCGGAAAACCUAAUCUCUUCCUCGCUCGACGAGGAGGGGAGGGGAGGUGAGGUGAGGGGGGGAGCUAGAGAACAAAGGCUUGGUUUGGUGCCAUCUGGCGUCUCCGAUGGCGUAACCCGCCGCCCCCCAGGGAGAGAGAGAGAGGGAGAGAGCUUUGCUCGGUCGCGGCCGCCUCUCUGCCAUCUGCCCCUGCCGUGGCGAGGCCCAAUGCCUUUUAAACCCCGCCCCGCUGCCAUCCUGACGGCCCCGAUCCCCACCGCCUACCAAUGCCGCACUUCCGGAACCUCCCGCUCGCGGAGGCCGCCGCCGCCGCCGCGCACGCCGCGCUGCUCGCCCUCGCCCUGCUCCUGCUGCUCCUCCGCGCCGCGCGCGCGCUCGCCUCGCGCUGCGCGUCAUGCCUCAAGGCGGCCCCGCGCCGUGCUGCAGCGGCCGAGGGGGCGCUCGCCGCCGCCGCGUCGUCCGCGGGCGCGUGGUACAGGGCCGCGCUGGCGUGCUGCGCCUACGCCCUGCUGGCGCAGGUCGCCGCCCUGAGCUACGAGGUCGCGGUGGCCGGUUCUCAUGUCGCCAUGGAGGCUCUGCUGCUGCCUGCGGUGCAGGCGCUGGCCUGGGCGGCGCUCCUGGCGCUCGCGCUGCAGGUCCGGGUCGUCGGGUGGGUCAGGUUCCCGGUACUGGUGCGGGUCUGGUGGGUGGUCUCCUUCCUACUCUGUGUUGGCAUCGCGUACGACGAUUCCAGGCACCUCAUGGGCGAUGAUGAUGAGGUGGAUUACGCUCACAUGGUUGCCAACUUCGCGUCGGCGCCGGCUCUCGGGUUCCUGUGCUUGGUUGGUGUCAUGGGUUCCACUGGUGUAGAAUUGGAGUUUACUGACGACGACAGCAGUGUUCAUGAACCGCUCUUGCUCGGUGGGCAGCGCCGAGACGCCGAUGAGGAGCCCGGGUGCUUGCGGGUGACUCCAUAUGGCGAUGCUGGCAUUGUUAGCCUUGCAACAUUAUCAUGGCUUAGUCCGUUGCUGUCUGUUGGUGCGCAGCGGCCACUUGAGCUGGCUGAUAUACCCUUGAUGGCACACAAGGACCGUGCCAAAUCCUGCUACAAGGCGAUGAGCAGUCACUAUGAGCGCCAGCGAAUUGAGCAUCCUGGUAACGAGCCGUCACUAGCAUGGGCAAUAUUGAAGUCGUUCUGGCGUGAGGCAGUGAUCAAUGGCGCUUUCGCAGCGGUGAACACGGUUGUCUCCUAUGUUGGCCCAUACCUGAUCAGCUACUUUGUGGACUACCUCAGUGGCAAAAUUGUAUUCCCCCAUGAAGGUUACAUCCUUGCCUCUGUAUUUUUUGUAGCAAAGCUGCUUGAGACGCUCACUGCUCGGCAGUGGUACUUGGGCGUGGAUGUCAUGGGGAUCCAUGUCAAGUCUGGGCUAACGGCCAUGGUGUACAGGAAAGGCCUUAGGCUGUCGAAUGCAUCGCGGCAGAGCCACACCAGUGGUGAGAUUGUGAAUUACAUGGCAGUUGAUGUACAGCGUGUGGGGGACUAUGCAUGGUACUUUCAUGACAUCUGGAUGCUUCCACUGCAGAUCAUCCUCGCCCUCGCCAUCCUGUACAAGAAUGUUGGAAUUGCCAUGGUUUCAACAUUGGUAGCUACUGUGUUAUCAAUUGCUGCCUCAGUUCCUGUGGCGAAGCUGCAGGAGCAUUACCAAGAUAAGCUGAUGGCCUCAAAGGAUGAGCGCAUGCGCAAGACAGCAGAGAGUCUGAAGAAUAUGAGGAUUUUGAAGCUCCAGGCAUGGGAGGAUCGAUACAGGCUGCAGUUGGAAGAGAUGAGAAAUGUGGAAUGCAAGUGGCUUCGGUGGGCUCUGUACUCACAGGCGGCAGUUACAUUUGUUUUCUGGAGUUCACCAAUCUUUGUUGCCGUAAUAACAUUUGGGACUUGUAUAUUGCUUGGUGGUGAGCUCACCGCUGGCGGUGUCCUUUCCGCUUUAGCAACAUUUAGGAUCCUUCAAGAACCACUUAGGAAUUUCCCAGAUCUCAUCUCUAUGAUUGCUCAGACAAGGGUAUCUUUGGACCGGUUGUCUCACUUUCUUCAGCAAGAAGAAUUGCCAGAUGAUGCAACGAUAACAGUUCCGCAUGGUAGUACAGAUAAGGCAAUUGAUGUUAAUGAUGCUACAUUCUCUUGGAACCCAUCUUCUCCAAUCCCUACACUUUCUGGUAUCAACCUUAGUGUGGUGAGAGGCAUGCGAGUAGCAGUCUGUGGUGUCAUUGGUUCUGGCAAAUCAAGCUUGUUGUCUUCUAUACUUGGCGAGAUACCCAAAUUGUGUGGUCAAGUGAAGAUCAGUGGAUCAGCAGCAUAUGUCCCUCAGACUGCCUGGAUACAGUCUGGAAACAUUGAGGAGAACAUUCUUUUUGGCAGUCCAAUGGAAAAACAGCGUUACAAGAGAGCUAUUGAGGCUUGCUCCCUGAAGAAAGAUCUUCAAUUGCUCCAGUAUGGAGAUCAGACCAUCAUCGGUGACAGAGGCAUUAAUUUGAGUGGAGGUCAGAAACAAAGAGUACAGCUUGCAAGAGCGCUAUACCAAGAUGCUGAUAUUUAUUUGCUUGAUGACCCCUUCAGUGCAGUUGAUGCUCAUACCGGGAGUGAAUUAUUUAGGGAAUAUAUAUUGUCUGCACUAGCAAGCAAAACCGUAAUUUAUGUAACCCAUCAAAUUGAGUUUCUACCAGCUGCGGACUUGAUACUGGUUCUUAAGGAUGGCCAUAUUACUCAAGCUGGAAAAUACGAUGAUCUUCUCCAAGCUGGCACUGAUUUCAAUGCUUUGGUUUGUGCUCAUAAGGAGGCAAUUGAGACCAUGGAGUUUUCUGAAGAUUCUGAUGAGGAUACCGUUUCUUCUGUUCCUAACAAAAGACUGACGCCAAGUGUUAGCAAUAUAGAUAACCUGAAAAACAAGGUGUCUGAAAAUGAAAAAACAUCUAGUGCACGUGGAAUAAAGGAAAAGAAGAAGAAGCCUGAAGAGCGCAAGAAGAAGCGUUCUGUUCAAGAGGAGGAGAGGGAGCGAGGAAGAGUUAGCUUACAGGUUUACUUGUCAUACAUGGGGGAAGCAUACAAAGGUACACUGAUACCCCUCAUUAUCCUGGCCCAAACCAUGUUCCAAGUGCUUCAGAUUGCGAGUAACUGGUGGAUGGCAUGGGCAAACCCACAAACAGAAGGAGAUUCACCUAAGACGGAUAGUGUGAUUCUCCUGGUUGUUUAUAUGUCCCUUGCCUUUGGGAGUUCAUUGUUUGUGUUUGUGAGAAGUCUUCUUGUGGCUACAUUUGGUUUAGCAACCGCUCAGAAACUUUUUGUAAAAAUGCUAAGGUGUGUCUUCCGAGCGCCAAUGUCAUUCUUUGAUACUACGCCGUCUGGUCGAAUUUUGAACCGAGUUUCUGUAGAUCAAAGUGUUGUGGACCUUGACAUAGCAUUCAGACUUGGUGGAUUUGCAUCAACGACAAUUCAACUCCUUGGAAUUGUUGCUGUCAUGAGCAAAGUAACAUGGCAAGUUCUGAUUCUCAUAGUCCCUAUGGCUGUUGCAUGCAUGUGGAUGCAGAGAUAUUAUAUCGCUUCAUCAAGGGAAUUGACUAGGAUCUUGAGCGUUCAGAAGUCGCCGGUAAUCCAUUUGUUUAGUGAGUCAAUUGCUGGUGCUGCUACAAUCAGAGGUUUUGGUCAAGAGAAACGAUUUAUGAAAAGAAAUCUCUACCUUCUCGAUUGUUUUGCUCGGCCUCUAUUUUCCAGCCUGGCAGCUAUCGAAUGGCUGUGCCUGCGAAUGGAAUUGCUCUCAACCUUUGUCUUUGCUUUUUGCAUGGCAAUACUAGUGAGCUUCCCUCCUGGCACCAUUGAACCAAGUAUGGCUGGGCUUGCUGUCACUUAUGGACUUAAUUUAAAUGCUCGCAUGUCAAGGUGGAUACUGAGCUUCUGUAAAUUAGAGAAUAGAAUAAUCUCUGUUGAACGUAUUUAUCAGUAUUGCAAGCUUCCUAGUGAAGCACCACUCAUCAUUGAGAAUUGCCGCCCCCCGUCCUCAUGGCCUGAGAAUGGAAACAUUGAGCUGGUUGAUCUCAAGGUCCGCUACAAGGAUGACCUUCCCUUGGUUCUACAUGGAAUCAGUUGUAUGUUCCCGGGUGGAAAAAAGAUAGGGAUUGUAGGGCGAACUGGAAGUGGCAAAUCUACUCUUAUUCAGGCCCUUUUCCGCUUAAUUGAACCUACAGGAGGGAAAGUUAUCAUCGACAAUAUUGAUAUUUCUAGAAUUGGCCUUCAUGAUCUGCGGUCAAGGUUGAGCAUCAUUCCUCAGGACCCUACAUUGUUUGAGGGUACUAUCAGAAUGAAUCUUGAUCCUCUUGAAGAAUGUACUGAUCAGGAAAUUUGGGAGGCACUAGAAAAGUGUCAACUGGGAGAGGUCAUUCGGACCAAGGAAGAAAAGCUGGACAGUCCAGUAUUGGAGAAUGGGGAUAACUGGAGUGUGGGACAACGCCAGCUUAUUGCACUCGGUAGGGCACUGCUGAAACAGGCAAAAAUAUUGGUGCUUGACGAGGCAACAGCAUCAGUUGACACAGCUACGGACAAUCUUAUUCAAAAGAUUAUUCGCAGUGAAUUCAAGGAUUGCACGGUCUGCACCAUUGCACACCGUAUCCCGACGGUUAUUGACAGUGACCUAGUCCUGGUGCUUAGUGAUGGCAAAAUUGCAGAGUUCGACACACCCCAGAGGCUCUUGGAGGACAAGUCCUCCAUGUUCAUGCAGCUAGUAUCUGAAUACUCAACUCGGUCAAGCUGUAUAUAGAGAGGCUUAGCUUAAACCCCCGCCAAGUAACGGCUGGUCGGUAGGAUAGCCACAUCCGCCAGUGGACACACCAUAGAAGUACCAACACCAUAGGGCAACAGCACAGAUCGAGAACCGAGAGGUAUAUGAGCGGAAGGAAGUGUUCCCUGACCUGAAUAAACCGUGGGAUCGAUGAGGGAAUGCACCGGGCAACACCAAGGGAGGAGUUGGUGACAUUACCGAAGCUGGUGCUUCUGUAUGUAUAACAAUUCGUACUACUUCUCCCUUGCAUAGUGGAAAAGGAUGGGAAUGUGCAUGGGUAAUAAAGGGGUAACAAGUUUCAUUUUGGCA